AUGCCUCACGCCGCCCCCUCGCGCGUCGCCCCCACCGCAACAUCCGACCUCGAAGCCGGCGCGGUGCUCAAACUGGGCGAAUUCCAAAACGAAGUCACGCUCAACCUCUCCGAAGCGCGCAUCAUCCUGCAAAAGACCCUCGCCACCCGCGCGGCGCGAGGAGGCGGCUACGAGGAGACUGAAGUCACGGCCAAGACGCGCGACUACUUGGAGAUCUUCGCCGUGUUCAAGGACCUGGCGGAGGCGCAACAGGUGGAAGGCAUCAUCAACUCAUACGGCGAGAACUUGGAGCGGUUUGAAAAGUCGCAGCUGGGCAGUCUCGUGCCGACGUGCUCGGACGAAGCGAAGGCGCUGAUUCCCAGCUUGGAGAAGAAGGUCGAGGAUGGCGUCGUCACCGAGGACGAGCUGGAGGGCAUCUGUCGGGAGUUGCAGCGGCUGAAGAGACAGGCUCAGCUUUGA